GUUUGACCAUACAUUAGUAAUCUUAAAAUAAUAAUUAUAGUUAUUAAAACUCAACUAUUGCAAAACAAAUAAUAAUAUGGUUAGGAAUUGUGAGAUUGAAGCUAAUAUUUUUAAUUCUGCAGAUAUAUUGAUGAUUACUGAGCAAAGCCAACAGUUUGUUUAGAAAUACAAUCUGACGUUAUCCCUAGAAGUCAGCCAUCUGAUAAUUCAAACUCUUGUGGACAUUAAGUGUGCGCUCAGAGUCCACCAACUGUUCAAUAGGAGUUUCUUUCAACUUGUUAGGUAUUAGGUGUUGCACACUUCAUGCCUUAACAUCAACAAUAACUAACUUCUGAAAAACACACUAAAAUCUUAACAUAAGAAAACCUACCUCCCAUUUUAACAUACUGUUAUCAUAGGCAUGUUUUACUUGAGCUCCAAUUUGAUGUUAUUAUACACAGUAUAGAGACAGAGUAACCAGUGUAACUAUGAAACCAUGUGUCUUGAUCUGCUUGUUGGCUCCUGUGCCACUGCCAUAACAGAGGUGGAAGUUUGAGGUGAGGGUGCAGCUGCUACGUUGCACACAGGCUGUCCGCCAGCUCAGUGGGCUCACCAUAGUGAAACAACAAAUAAAACACCGGCACAUGCUCUCAAGGGUAAAGAUGGACUUGUGUUACAUUGUGUCUUCUGGUGAAAGAAAAACACUUAGAGUGAAAGCAGAAUAAAAUUUGCACAUUGCAAAGCCAUGACUCAGCAGGAACCCAGAAAUGCACUUAAAACAGUUUCACAUAAACGCAUCCACCCAAAGGUAUUUCCCUCUCAACCGUUACAUUAUUGCACUUGAUCCCAAGAAAAUAGAAGAAAAGGCCAAUAUGAGUAGAAACACGAGUAUGUUUGCUCAGCAUUUGCUCUCUCAUCAACUCUCUCUGUGAAUUGUGAGGAUGUGAUUACUUUUGUUGUCAAUAAGUUUGUAGCACAGCCUGCGGGAGGUUUUUUGGCUUGCACUGGGCGUGGGCGGGACUUUCCUGCGUUGUUUGUCCUCGCACUCCAAAAGCAAAAGGCACUAUAAGACAUUUAUGAGCACCGAGCGUCAAGUCCUCGGUGAAGCGACUCAACACAGUGGAUCUGCACAGAGUUGUGCCAAUAUGAAAGGACACGACUGAGGACAUUUAUUGCACACGGAACACUGUAACAUUGUAAUCAAUCUCCAGAGACUACAGCCCUGCUACAGGUAUGCAGAAGAUUAGUGAGCGGGCCAUCUAUUUUUGUAUAUCGACGUUAUGACAGGGUGGCACUUUCCAUGCAGCAGUUAUUCCUCCUCUUUGCGCUCUUUGCGCUUUGUUUGAGUGUUUGCAUGUGUAUACUUGUAUCUGACUGGGUGGUAAUGUAAGGGCGUGGAGGUGUUUUCAACGUGACUAGUCAGCCAGUGGACGCAGCCAGGCGAAACAUUGACACUGCGGUAAUUGGCUUUUGCAUCCUCGCCCUUUUUCGUCACUGUGGAUUUCUCUUGAGUGGACGCUUUACAAUCUCAUGUCUCCCGGACCUUCUUGAGGUUCGGUGCUGUUGCUGGAGGCUUUCAUGGCUUCUGGCGGAGCGGAGGAAGGCGAUGGAGGCAUUCCAUUGGACAUCGACAACGUGCACAUGCUGCUCCAAGUGGAGCAAGAGCAGAUUCAGAAACGAACAUUCACCAACUGGAUAAAUGCUCAACUGGCUAAGAGAUGCCCUCCCUCGUUUGUGUCAGAUCUCUUUACUGACCUGAGAGAAGGAUCGCAGCUGCUGGACCUGCUGGAGGUGAUGAGCAGUCAGCCCAUGAAAAGACAAAGGGGCCGAGGGGUUUUCCAGCAGAGGGCCAACGUUGAGACAGCUCUGAACUUUCUCAAGAAGAAAUCAAUCAAAUUGGUGAACAUAAACAUCCCAGAUAUCAUAGAUGGACGACCCUCCAUCAUCCUCGGCCUCAUAUGGACAGUCAUCCUCCACUGUCAUAUCGAAGAGUUGGCCAGCACUCUCUCCUACAGCUCUUGUCAUUCCUCCCUGGACUCUCUGGCCACCCUGGACUCCUGGUCUGGCAGCCCGGUCCCAUCAGGCCGGACCUCGCCUCUCCACAGACGCUUCCGACUAUCUGCCAAGAAGGCCUUGCUCAUGUGGGUCAGGGACCAAUGCCUAAAGGUUGGCUGCUCCGUCAGUGUGAAGAACUUUAAGUCGAGCUGGAGGAGUGGAGAGGCCUUCUUGGCCAUCCUGGGUUCCCUCAGACCACAGCUUGCUGAUCUGUCGCUCGUCCAGGUAAGAAGCAACCUGGAGAACCUGGAAGAGGCUUUUCACCUCGCCGAGAGGGAGCUCCACAUCCCUCGUCUGCUGGAACCCGAGGAUGUUGAUGUCAAAGACCCUGAUGAGAAGUCCAUUAUGACUUAUGUGGCCCAGUUUCUGCAGUACUCGAACGACAUGCCGGCACCCAAUGACCAUCUGCAGCUGUUUCCUCAGAUCCAGCCCUUUUCUCUCUCCCCUGUGAACUUGCCCACUCACUUCACUCCAGCAAUCGCUGUUUCACCGUUACGUCAGGUCUUUUCCACUGAGCGAGCACUAGAAGUGACUUCCUGGCUGCAGCGAGCCUACCAGGAACUGUCGGAGGCUCGGGCGGCUGCAGAGAACUCAAGCUUUGCAGAAAAAUAUCACGUGUUGCACAGCCUCGCUGGCUGCUUCACUGAGCAAAGGAGACCAGUGAUGACCCUCCUGGCCGCCAUAAGACGCUGCCCCGAGCUGAGCCGAGAGCAGUGUGCUCUCAGGACAGCGUGGGAUUGUCUGGAAAAGGAGCUGCAGAGAUGUAAAGUAGACCUUGACUCCAGCCUUCCUCCUCCUCUGGACUCAGUCGUUGUGUGGCUGCAGCGUGCAGAAGCAUCGCUCACAGAAGAAGGAGGAAGAAGCAAAGAUCAUGCAGAUGCUGCUAAAGAAGCGAGAGCCCGACAAGACGCACAACAGACUUUAAUGAAAGAGAUGAGCUACUUCGUCAAUAUCAUUGCUACCUUCCACAAUACGGACGACUUAGGAAACACAGUCGUGCCCAUUGAAAAGUUCAAUGAGAUAAAAAGAAGCUUAACCAACAUCCGAGUCACAGCCAAGUAUGAAGGAAUCAAGUUGGAAUACCAGGAAACCCGCCACACGGUGCUGCAUCUCCUGGGCCGCCUCAAUGCUAAGGUGGUGACGUGGAAAUCUCCCUACGGAUCCCAGGAGACGGUGCUUCUGCUUCUGCAGGACUGGCAUGAAACCGUGGAGCGCCAUGGCAUGCUUUUAAUUCUGAUGGACGCUCUCAAAAGCCUGAAGGAGAAGGCGAAUACCUACACCAGUAAGGCAGCACUAGGUGAAGAUGCGCAACUUGUUACCCGCCAGCUGAAGGAAUCAGAAAGCCAAGCUGAGCUGGUCACGCGGACUGUGGCGGCUGCGAGGGGGACGAUGGAGAGAGCGGCGUGUGUUUGGGAGACGUACAACAAGUGUCUUGCGUCUCUGCAGACGUGGUUGGCUCAGAAUACGCUCCCUCACGUCGCGCAUCCUCCCGCGGGCACGCAGGACAUGAGGGAGUGGACGUCGUGUCAGGCCAGGCUGAACGAGGCCGGGAACGCGCUCAUUGAAGUGACAGAAUCCUCAGCCGGCCUCGCUGUGGCCAAGCAACUCAGCGAGGUCAACAGGAAGUGGGCUGAACACGUCAAGAGGACAAAGUUUGCAGUAUCAUCGGAGCCCAGUGUUGGUCCCUGGUGUCUAAAAAUGGUGCAUUUACUGAGCCAGGAGGCCAGCAGGCUGCUGAGGAUGCCUCUGGAGGUGUCCUCAGUCUCACUUAAGGCCAACAGGCAGAAACUACAGCUACUGAGUAAAAAGAUGGCUGAGGUGGAUCUUUCAUCCCUCGGUCCGUCCCAGUCCUUUCAAACAAGCGACACAGAGAAUCUCCAGCAACAUCUCCCAAAGGUGCUCGCUGACGCAGAGAGUGCCUGUGAAGAGCUGCAGCGGGCCGCGUCCGGGCUGGAGGGGCGUCUGGCUGAGCUGGACCACUGGAGCACGGAGGCUAUGGACCGUUACCAGCACCCGAGGGACAAAAGGCACAGUGGACGCUCUGCAUUUGAAUCUGCAGCCAAAGUGCUGAUCUGUCGAGGUGUGCAGCUGGAGAAGCAGGUUAUAACCGAGGGACAGGAUCUGCAGGACCUCGUGGCCCGAGUGCAGAAAACCUCUCCGCUGGUGCACCUCAGUACCUGUGGCAUGCAGGACCGGAUCUCAGAGGCCGUCUCCCACUGCCAGGAGAUUCUUGAAAUGUUUGGUUCUCUCGGAUUUCUGCGACAUGUCAAAUCAGCCCAUCAGACACGGAGACAGCCAGAGGCAGGGCUCUUUGUUGUGGCCAAAACCAAACAGGUGGAGCAGAUUGGGAACGUUCUGCUCACCCAGGAUCCAAGUCUGGUUUCACCUGAGCUUUCAUCGCAGACUCUCAGACAAAUAGCUCUUCACGGUUGGGCUACAAACCAGCAUGAAUCAACCACUGUGAAUCCAUGUGUUGAAACCCAAAUGCUGCCCGGUCCAUUGAGGGAACCAAUACUUCAUAUUCACUCUCCCCUCACUCGAUCUAUACAAGAAACUGAACCUGAGCAUGUGAUCCAGCCUCGGACACUUUCCAAACGUCGCACUCAAGCAUCAAGUUGGAGUCAUAAUCUAGUUCUACCUGCUUUAAUCCAAACUCCUUUUGGGCUAAAGUGUCAAAAUACUCCAGUUCUGUCGAAACAUGUGACAAGUCCAGUCCCAGAGGAGGAAAAGAGGUCCCCUCCCUCACAAACUUGUACAUCAGAAUCAAGAAUGAUCCGGCAGCUGCACAGUGUACAGAGUGUUAAAACAUCUCCAAAGCCGCCGGUUGUGGUCCGCGGUGAGGUUCAUUCAAAAGCCCAGUCGAUGGCGAGGAGCAGACUGGAGAAGGCCAGAUUCCGUCUGCAAGGACGCAUCCAGAAAGCCAUCAAGUUAUUCGGUGGAAAAGAGGUUUCAGAGUCACAGGUCAAGAGGAAACAGAGAGUUUUAAAGAUUCUGCAGCCUGUUUUCAUGGAUGAGUUCCUUGGUGCCGUAGAGGGUUUGGGCGCCUUUUGUACUGGGCCCCAGCUCCAGGACUUGAUGCUCCUCUCUGACUCUGUCCGAAGACUGUGGGAGGAAGUAGGCAGAGAGAUGGCUGCUUUCGUUCCUAUCUUGUGGUGUAAGAUCAGAGAGGGGAAGCAGUCAUCCUCUGUUGUGAAGCGUGAAACCCAAACUAACGCUCUGCAUGAAGCCCAUGAGCAGACUGACCAUGACUCUUUGCCCCAGCAACAGGCCGUCACGGAGGGAGCUGCAUCUGUGGAGGUUGAAUCACUAGAAGAGCUUUGUGCAACUUUAACAUCACGGGAAUCCUCCUGCCUAGCAACAGAUCAACUGAAGGAGUCAGAUGAAGAUCAGGAGACACAUCCCAAUGACACAGAGCUCCCAUCGGCCCGCAGGGGAUGGCAGAUACAGGGACCCCCCCCGCUGAGAGCGACUGGCGAGUCGGCCGACACACAGCAGAGCAACAGCUUCCCCCAGGAAGCCUGUCUGUGGCAAAACCAAGCUCACAUACAGGUGGUCGUCAGGGGUAACGCUGUGGAGACCAAGCAGGAGGCAGAAUGGACCGUCCUUCCAGGGUCAGCCGCCCUCGCACAGGAAGAGCAAACCUCCGGACAGGAUGUACUGAGAAGAGUGACAUCCCUGGAGAUCACUGCUGACCUGAUGGCACUAGUCACAGAAAGACUGGACCGGCUUAUCAGAGAGUCUGUGGACGUCUCCUCCUUCACCCUGGCAGAUCCCAGAUUGGUAUCUGAUUUAAAGGAGAUGAACGACGCACUGCGGUCUGAAAUGAGAAGGUUAUCCGAACGUGCCUCUGAAGAGGGAAUGCAGUCCCCCCCAUCCCGCUGCCAGGCUCUCCACAAAGCCAGAGUCCAUCAUCUUCAGCUGCUCAUACAGCGUUUGGAGGAAGUUCUAACAGCUGCCCAGGCUCUUGAUCACUUCAUGGCCACAGUGAGGGAAGUGAAGGCUGAGAUCCCAACCCUGGUGGCAAACCAGCCCCCCGGCAGACAGCCCCUCGAGGCCGAGUGGGAGCAAGAGACAGACUCGUGGCAGGCAACAAUGCAGCGGAAGCUGCUGACCGUAGAUAGUGUGGACAGCUCUUUAAAGGCAGCGGGGAUGACUCUGACCAUGGACGGUGCGAGAGUGACCUGCUGGGACGUGUUGACAUCAUUGUCACAACAAGCUGUGAACGUGGAGGAAGAAGUGGGGAGAGGCAACAAGAGGGAGAGAAAAGAUGACUUCUACACUGCGGGCAGGGAGAAAAUACAGGCAUUCAAUCCCAUGGAAGAGGAGGGAGGGUUGGUGGCCAAAAGGAGUAAACCUGAAAGAGAUGAUGAUAGAAUUUCACAAAGGCACGCAGAGCACGAAGCUCAAACACGGAAGCUGGACGAGAAUGAUUUAACAGGCGAGGAACGUAGAGGAAGAAGCAUCCAAGUUAAGAAAGAGGGAGAAGAGACAGAGAGUUCUGUCCAGAGGAGAGUCGCCUUGUCCGGCACUCUGAAGGCGAUAAGAGAAGCAGCCGAGCAGCUGAGGUUGCAGGAGCCCACCCUGCCGGCUCUGCAGCACAGGACACGUGCAUUGGCAGAGCUACACAGUCGACUCACUGAGCUGCAGCACGCACAAGACACAGCCUCACAAUCAGAAAACCAGAAUGUGAGUCCACCCAGGGAGCUGGAAGAUGCCUGGGAGGAGGCCACAAAAGCUGUAACUGAUCGGCUGGAGCAGUGUGACGCACUAACAGAGCUGCUGAAGAGGUUUCAAAGCAUCCGCGGGGAGCUGAGUGGGACACUGCAGAGGGCAGAAAGUACCGUCCGUGAACAAGCCUCCUACAUGGGGAAAGACAACCUGCAGAGAUUGCACACCAAGGUCCAGGAAACAAAAUCAGAGCUGAGUGGUCUCGCUGACGGCAUAGAGGAGGUCCGCAGUGUCUGCAGGCAGCUUCAUACUCAUCUGCGUCAGCUUCCAGGAUGCCUCAGCAUCCCAUUUGAGGACGAAACGGAGGCUGUGAUGGACCGCUGGCUGGACGUAUCAGAAAAAACAGAUUCCUAUCUAGAAAACCUACACCGUGGCCUGACUCUGUGGGAUGGCGUCAUCCAGCUGGGAGCUGCUGUACAGAGCUGGACCUCCAACAAACUAGUAGUUGCUCAGUGUCCGUCCUUCCAGACGGAGGAAGACAUCAGAGCCUUGCAGAGUGAGAUUGUAACCCGGGAAGAGAACAUGGAGCGUUUCCACCGAAGAGUCGCUGAGAUUCAGGCCCUGCUUCAAAGCAGAGAGCCCCCUCUGGAGCUGCAGGUUGUGGAGACCCAGAUAAGGAAGAAGAUGAAGCAGCUGAAGGAGCUCGUUUCUGAAGCUGAGGAUGUUUACAGGCAGAAGGAGGCUGCUGAAGAACAAAUUACUGCCCGGAUGGCUGAAUGCUUCAACUCCCUCCAGAAGAUUCAGGACUCCCUUCUCACUCUCAGUGCUUCAGAUGUUCCAACAGUUCUGGCAAAACUUAAGGGUCUGCUUUUUGAGCUCCAGACACGGGACGAGCAGGCAGAGAGUCUGCUGCAGGAUCUGCGUGUAAUGGCCUCUACAGCCGGUCCAGGCAGCCUACACAGUUCAUCUGUGGAUGGGACUCGGCUGCAGGAUGAAGUCAGAAACACCCACCAGCUGUUCUCUGAGGUGGAAGAACAGACUGAGAGGAACAUCCGGGCUCUCGACAGGCUCCAAAGCGAAGGUGAGCACUUGGAACAAUGGUUGCAAAGUGUUGAGGGAAAAGCUGCGAAAGACGAGGAUCUUGCAGGUCUCCUGCAAGAGGAGCCACUCAAACAAAGUGUGAGAACAGCAGCCCUGGAUCAGCUCACCUUACAGAGCAGCACAUGCAGGCAGUCCGCUCUGCUGGAGGAGAGCAGCGAGCUGUUGAAACAACACCACAACUUUAAAACCAGAGUGCUGAGCGCGGAGAAGCAGAGCUCCGUGAGCCGGGACGUCGAGGCGUGUCAAACCCUUUCAAAGUCCACUCAAUCCCCGGUUGGACAUCACAGACAAACUCCCGACUCUCCUCUCGGGGAAAACCUUGUUCGCUCCGCUCAAGCUGCGGUUAUUGAGAUGGCAGAGGGGAAGUCUCACCUCGAAGACCUCGGAGUUCCUGGAAAUCCUCUGAGUGAUGGAACUGGCCUGAAACAGGACUUUCAAGGAAGCCUUCAGGGAAGCAUGCAGAAGAGCGAGGCGCCGCGGACGGACUUUCUCCAGCCGGGCCAGUCUUGUCACAACGUUCUACAAGUUGAUCCAGACCUCACCAGAACUGCUCAGCUCCCUACUUUAUUCCCCGGGUCCGGCUUGUCGGAGCGCAAACAAGUCUGCUGUCUAGGCAGUCACGGGCAGGAUGAGGCUGAAUCCUUGCAGUUAACAUUUACCCGCCCGGCUGAACAAACCAGCGAGAAAGAUCCGUUCAUGGCUGAGCUGGAGACCCGCUGUUCGUCACUGAUGGAUGAGCUGAAGGGUGUGUGUUCCAGCCUGCAGCAAGGUGUUUGUAAUGAGGAACAUUUUGGCAAGUCACUGCAGGCCUGCCGCCACAAAUUGACAUCCCUGCAGGAAAAGAUGUCAGCCUGUCGAUCCCAGAAAGAAAGCUCAGCUAAGCCCAUCACAGAUGCACCAGCUCUGCAGGCUUUGCUACGGGAAGUUACCGGCAUAGAAAAAGAGCUUUUACAAAUUAUAACACUCAAGAACAGUUCCUCAGCCAAGGACCAGGACAGCCUCUCCGAGCCAGUCGGCUCCCCCCAAAACCACAAGAGGGCACUAGACAGCAGCAUCAGAGGAGGUCGCUCACCGCUCACAGACAAGAACAAGCAGAGAGUUCAACGAGAGGAGGGAGAGGUCACCUGUCUGCAGACAGAUCUGAAAGAAAUGUCUGAGAAUCCGUGUGGGAACUCUGUGUCUCCUGAUCUCACACAGCUCCAACAGCAGUGGGAUUCAUUACAGGACUGUGAUACCAGGCGGACAGAGUUGGGUGCGAGAGUUUGCGACCUGCAGCAGGCCGGAGAGUCCGGCAGCGCACGUGAGAUUCCACCUGCGGACGUCACUGUUUCCGCAGUUGCUGAAGACCUUGACAGACUCUCGUCCAUACAUCCAAAAAAGAAGCAGGCGUGUGCAGAACACAAAGCAGACGUAGGGAGUGAGGACAUCAACCAGCGGCAGCCUUGGAGACAAACGGUACAAGCUGACCUAUCGUCCCCCAGCCAGGCAUCACUUGAUGAGGGGUUAUGUCUUCAACAAGGUCUUUGUGAAAUUCUCACCGAAAAAUUAACAGAGAUAUCGGAGACAACCACGGCCCUUGUGUCCUCUCGCUCCUCUGAAAGGGAUCAGAAGGACAACAAAUAUACAACCAACGAAACUAUGGAAACAACCAAAGAACAAAAGUUAACAACUGCUCUGCCAAAAAUAAACGUGAAGAACUUUUUUGUGCCUAAUGAUGAUACUCGCACCAUGGAUACUGAUGGCAACCCUUUACGCAGAGGGCUUAGGGAACUUCCUGGACAUAACACUUUAAUGUCAGACUCGCUUCCUACUCUCAAAACGGGUUCAGUAGCUCUGCAAGAGACCACAACUGAAAUCGCGUCUCAACGUCUAUCGGCCCAACAAGAGACAUUUGAAACAGUUCCUGAUGCUCAAGAACAGGACAAGCACUGCGAGGACGCCUGUGUGACGCCACAUAAAGUGUUGACAAUAGUCUUAUACUUAGAGAGGCCUCAGUUGCAGCUUCAGGACAUUGUUGGAGCCUGCAGUCCAGGUGUACUUACAUCUUCACAGAGGGCCAAGGUUUGUGAUGCACAGCUCACAAAAUCGUCCAGUGUUCCUGAGAAGAAAUCUGAAGGCUUUACAACAUUACCGGGUCCUGAAUCAGAUGAAACAGACUUGGUGAUCCAUUACACAACGAACGCUGCAUUAAAUGAGUCUCCAGUGGCCAACUCACUGCCAAGAAACCCUUUGGCACUUGCAGCUUCAGAGUUUGAGGAUAUAAAUCCUACAAAUGCCACAUUGUUGUGCCGAGCAACGUCCGAAAGCCAAGCAUCAAUGCACAGCGAGGUUUUCAAUUCCUCUAACUCCUUUGGCACUGAUGCUAAAUGUCAGCUCACUUGUGCGCAUGCAGCUGAAACGACGUCUCUGGAUGUCCGGCGGGAGGAGACGACACAUUUCUGUCACGCUGAAGAGCAAACGAUGAGCUUCGUGUCGUGCACCGGGGAGGCAGACGCUUGGAACGCAACGCAGAGACCCGCUGGUGACAAUAAACAGCUCGCUGCAAGUACAGGACAGCUGGUGAGGGCAGAGGGAGGUUCACCUGAAAGCCUGCAGUCCCAACUUUCCAAAGGGCCAAAAAGAGUCAAAGCCACGCUGCCACUUGGAGGAAGUGAGAGGGAGAUGUCUACAUCGCUGGAGGACAGACAGCGUCAGACCCGUGACAGCAUGGAGCCCGAGAGGACGGCGCCCGAUCCGCCCGCUGGGGAGGCGACAGGUGGAUCCCCGGAGUAUCACGAACGCCGCUCCACCAUGCACAGCGUUCUGCCUGCGAUCCAGAGCUUGGUGGAAAGCAGUAAGAUAAUAAACCGGACUCCACAGAUUGAUUUUAAUUGGCACCUGAAGUACUUUCCUGGAGAAUCACAGGUUCGAUUGGUACGAGCUGUCCAAAAUGUUCUUGCAUGUCGUUAUCAACCAGCUCAACUCGAUGUCUCCGCAAUGGCCAAACAACUGCAGGAGGCAAAGGACUGCAGGCGCUGUGUGCAGGAGCAAGUGGCCACUAUGAAAAGCAUGAGUGGUGCUAGGAUUUGUGAUCCAGAUGGUUUGAAAAGAGCUGAAGGACAGUGGAGUGCUGCACUGCUGGAAGCCUCCGCCACGGUGCAGGUCAAAGCAGCACAGCUGGAUCAGGUCAAAGAGUACCACAAACGGAUGAAGAUCACCAGAGCUUUCCUCGAGGUUGUGGCGGCGGAGAAGGACAAGAUGAGCUUAAGUACUUUGAGAAGCAGCGCUCUCCAAGCUGACAAACUCCAGGCCCUGCUUCAAGCCAUGGUGCAGAAAAAAGACACGAUGGAAGAGCUCCUCCAGUUGAGCAGGCGAUUCUCCGUCCACUUGAGCGACGCUGAGAGUUCAGGGGCUCUUCUCGCCCAGCUCGGAGAUGUCCAGGAGGAAUGGAGGCUUUUGGAAGGAAGCAUCAAAAGAGCUCUGCAACACGCCUCGAGCUCCACUUCUCAGUACUCUCUGUUAAUACGAGAGGCCGAACAGCUAAAAGCCAAGCUGGACGCUCUUCGGCCAUCCAGUUUUAAAAGCCGUGACAGCAAAAGUGCUUUAGAACUUGUUUGCCUGAGCACAGACGUACAACUGUACAACCAGCUCUAUAUGCACUUACAGUCCCAGACAGAUGCUCUCAUCCAUUUCCCUCUGGGUCAGAAAGAAAAGGAUGAGCUCAGUGGUAGUCUUAAGGACCUUAGGUCCCUGCUUCAUGUCACCAAGAGCCAGCUGGACACUUCAAAUUACAUCUGUGGCGGCAUUUCUUCAACUAAGAUCAACAAGCAAUUACAAGACUUGAUCAUAUGGGCCAAGCAAGCAGAGAACCACAUCUCUGUUAGCAAUAAGUCAGCUCUUUUCCCGGAGGAGGCUCGUGUUCAGAUUGUUCAGAUGAAGAAGUUUCAGACAGAUAUUUGGUUUCGAAGUUCCAAGAUGCAAACAGUAGUUGAGAAUAUGAAAGCUGCGACAGUCUCCGAUAUGGAAAAUGAGCAAAGUGACAAAGUAUUGAAGACAAUAGAAGACCUUUAUGAAGCCUUCCCUGACCGCUUGAAUCAGGUUCUUGACACCAUGAAGGACAACCUGCAGGAGAGGGAGACACUGUUAUGCCAGUUUGCCAGCAUUGACGAAUGGCUGGCGGAAAUGCGUGCUCAGAGAGACCCAUGUGCUCUUGUUGACAACGUUUCAAAAGCUGACAUCGGAGAGCUGGAGAGCGAGCUAAAAAGUCACCAGCUCGCCGCGGUCGAGAUUGAGGCUCAACUAAAUCGGGUGGAUGCAAUGGCUGACGCUUGCAGGGAAAUAGCCGUGUGCUCGAGUCCGGGAGAGAGCCGCUACCUUGUCAACAGACUGUCGGGCCUUUGGACGGAGCUACAUGGGCUGCUAGCUCACGAGAAAGCGCUCAGCUGGGAAUUGGAGGAGCUGAUUCAUGAGCUAACCACUUCCGGUGAGGAGUUAUCGGCCAUCCAGGCUAGCUUGAAGCAGAUUUCCACUGAUUUGGUGCAGCAACGGUUCCCUUUAACACAGGAAACCCUAUCGGCAAUUGCACAUUUGAAGCACACGUUAAUGGAACAUCAGUGUCAAGUACGAGGCCUUAAGCAAUUCCAGGAGGCAAGGCGAAGCUCCGUGCUUUGCACCAUUGGUGAACUGCAAGACCAGUGCAAAGCACUUAGUAUUAAUGCCGUUGAGCAGGACAAAUAUCUGCACCUGAGAAGACAGAUGGUGGAAUCUAGGGACAUCGUUGAAGAGCAAAUCCAACGCGCCAAAGACGAAACCAUCAGCGUGGGCGAGAGGGUCAUGCUAUGCCAAUCACUCUUGGUUGAACUUCCUUUGGUAAAGACACAAUGUCAAGAAGUGGCCGACCAGUUGGAGACCAUAGCUCAGGAGUUGGAACCAUCUGAUCUACACCUGGAGAAGGAGAGGAUUCACUGCACAGUGGAAGCUUUAGUCUCCUGGGAGGAUUCGGUCACAGAUGAUAUCAAAAACCUAGAAGCCAAGCUUCUACUAGGCCUGCAUUUUUUCUCAGAGCACCGUGCCUUGAUAGAGCUCUUCCAAAGAACAAGAGUGGAAAUGGAGGGACUGGAACCAGUAACUCCAGAUGAAAAAGCCAUAGAUAUUGCAUUAACAAGGAACUUGAUUAUCUGCAGACAUAUGGAGUCUGGGAUGCGGGUGUUAGAAGGUCUGGGAAGGAAAGAAAACGUGGACUUGAAGAACUACAAGGAACUGUACUCGCUCAGGGAUGCAACCAUGCGUGACUGUCAUUUACGAAUGGAAAGCUUAUGCCAGGCGAGAGAAUCCUUGAAAGAUUACCACUGGGCUGCUCAGGGAGCAAUGUGCUUCCUCCAUAACGCCGAAGCCACCUUCUUAUCAGCUCCAGGAGGGUUCUUGGACUGCACUGAGGAACAAACACAGACUCAGCAGGCUCUAGAAGCUCUUGAAGGUGGAUUUCAGGCUCACAUCUGCCACCUUGUGGAUCUAGUGCCCAGUCAAACCUGCCUGUCCCGACCGAAAACUGAGCAGCUGCACAUUGGCAUCCUCAGUCAGCUGUUGGUGGGUCGAGCCAUAUUGGAGGCCCAGGCCCAGCUCAGGAUGGAGUCCUUGAGGAGUUGUGAAGUAAGACAACAGAGCCACAGGAAGUGGCACGAAGACAUACGUCAGCGUCUUUCAGGGUUUGAAAUCAAACUUUCAGAGUGCGCGACGGAGCAAGUCACGUCGUCUGACCAGUCUAUUGCUCAGCAAAAGAGAGCUACGCUACUGCUGGAAGGUCUUCUCAGCCUCGCAGGUCAACUUGAUGAACUGCGAGCUGGAUGUCCAGCGCAGAGUUGCGGAGUUGGGAAGGACGGCGAGCUCGGCGCUCUCUGGAGGCGCUGGGUAUCGUUACGCCGUGGUGUCGGCAUCGUCAUAGCACACACAGAACAGAGAGGGGAGGAAUGGAAGGACAUCACUACCAGUAUGGAGCAGUGUUGCAGCUCUUUGGUCCGUCUUCAAUCCGAGGUUCCCGACUCCUCCGCUGUGAGCUUCAGUCAAGAGGAACUGCUGGAGCUUCUGCAGCAGGCUGAGAUGCACAGGGCCUGGCUGGAGCAGGAGCAGCAGGCCUUAUCCUCCCUCGAGCAUCGACUGGAGCGUGCCCUGGGCUUGUCUAGUACCCAGGAGCCCGCCAGCCCUGGACCGGUGGCCAAAACACUAGUGAAGCUUCAAGAUCAAGUCAGGAGCCUGAAGGAGAGGAAUCUGCUGGUGGUAGCUGCAGCUCAGGCAGAGGACAAGGAGAGGCAGCAAGUCCAAGUGGAGAUCGCAGAGUGGGAGCAAAACAUGUUAACCAUUCUUCCCUCACUGGAAGCCUGUUCAAAUCCGUGCAAACAACAGGAGCUCAGACAGGAUUUGUCCUCCCAGAAAGACAAACUAAAGUGCAUCAUGGACGGCGUACAGGACCUGUACGCUGAGAUACCAGCUGGUAUCAGCAGACGGUUACAAGAAGCUCAGCGUUCUUUACAAAGAGAAGAGGAGAAGCUCGUGGAGAAAAGCAACCUGCUUCGGAGGCUGGAUAGUCAAGUGGCAGAGUUGGGUUCUGGCCUAGAGAUAGUAAAAGUGUUACUGGAGCAAAGGAGUCCAACCGUGAAUGAAGCUCAAAAUGCGAUCAAACUCGUGUGGGAUGAGCUGGAUGCAUGGCACAGCCGCCUGAUGCUGCUGGACAGCGAGGUGCAGGAUCUUGCGGAGGAGCAUCCGGAUCAAGCCCACCUACUGAUGGACCAACUCAACCGACCGCUGCAGCUGUAUCAAAACGCAGCGCACAUGACCGAACAACGCACCGCCUUUCUCAGCAAGGUCCCCGCCUGCCUUCAAGAGUUUGAAGAUAUUAUGCAUGGCGCCGCCUGCUGGUUAGACGAGGCCCAGUCCUGGCUCAGUGACCCGUGCUCCUUCCCCACAGCCAGAGGCCUCCAGAAUCAUGCAAACUCCCUGCAGCUGGUCCUGGACGACUCUGAGAGGAUCAGACAAACGCUGCAGGCCUUCAGGCCGGUCCUGGAUGAGAUCUCCGCUGUGUGUGACAUCAGCACCCACGAGGAGAGGGUGAACCAGAAGGACCAACAAGUCCAGAAAAUGCAACGCAAGAUCCUGCAGCCGCUGGAGCAGAUCCUUCCAGCUGUUGGGGUAGUGGAGACAUUAGAAGCAGAGCUGAAGACCAUGGAGCAGAAUGUCCCGAAGAUCAGAGCGAUUUUAUCCUCCGUGGACGACACGCACAUAACUCUGAUGGAGCAUCUUCAGAACCGACAGGUGAUUGUGGCCAAUGUGCAGUCCAUGCAGAGGACGUUGGAGGAGAUUGAGCGAUGCAAAGGAGAGCUUCACCUCCCGCAGGGCGCAGAGGAGAGCCUGCUGGUUUUCUCUAGAGCCAGACUGCUCCUGCAGCCGCUGGACGAGCUGCAACAACUCACCCAUCAACAAGCGGCGCUGCUCCAGAACAAGAUUAGGGCAGAGAAAGAAGAAUGGAAUGAUCUUGACAUCAUUGCAGUCUCUGGUAGUCCUGAAGAAGUAUUUCAUCUCGACAGAGCUCCACAAAAAUGCAUAGUACAGCAGGAGGCCUUUGAGUUGUCUAAUUCAGAGGAAGAGGAGGAGGAUGAAAACAACAGUUGUCACUCGUCGUCCUCUGACACACUAACAUGCAGUAUUCCAGAGGAUCCAGAGGAAACACUGAGUGCCUCAGAUGUGCAAAAGGAGGAAAUUGCCAAAAUAAAGCAACCGCCAGACGUCACAGCACUGGAGAGUUUGGCUGGAGCGUUUACCUCCGAAGUGAAGACGAGCUCUAAAAGUGUUCCAAAAGUUCCCGGGCUUUUACCUGGGAGUCCUCGUACAUCAGAGCCUGAAUCCGAAAAUGUUGCAACUGGAUUAAUAAAAACGGAUUCCGUGGUUGGUGAAGCAUUCGGUCAUGAAACUGUGACAAUCGAGCCACCCAUCGCUGCAGCCAGUCUGGCAGUUGAAGACAAGUUUACUGCUGGCGCUGCCAAACUGGACUCGCAUGGAUCACCAAAAUGUGAAAGUCUUGUCGCCGAGCCUCAUGCAACGUUCCCUCAGGCAGCAGCCGCAGUGGAGGAGACAAGACUGAUUCCUGCGAGACCUGAAACUCCAUUUACUGCCACAAGAGGAUUUGAUGGCUUCAUGGAGGAAGCAGAUAAACAUCCGUAUUUCUCUACACGUCCGCAUCGACAUCUGAACAGUCCCGAUGUGUCUACGGUCCGGGGAGAAGAAUCUCCUCGAGCCCGGGAGAUGUCCGAGGAGCCGAUCAGCAUGGCUGAACAGGGGGAAGAUAACGAGGGGGAACUAAGGUGGAUUCAACUUAAUACCCAGAUCCUCCAAAAACUGAUCACUUUGAAGAAAGUUAAGGAGGGGCAUCAAAAGGACCCCGAGAGGGAGCUGACAUCACCCGGGUCGGCGUCUGCUGUCCUGCUGCGGGCACACGAGUCCAUCACCAUGAUGAGACAGAUAGUGAGCUCUCCAGGUGCAAAUGACACGCUGUAUGCGGCUGCCCGGAAGCUCCUCCUCUGUCUGGACGCUUUGACUGACCUCCUGUUAACUCCUGGAGAAGAUGCCCAGCUGAGGCUGCUACAGCAGGAGUGUGUGUCAACUGAGCUGGUGACUCUGUGUGAGAUGUUGAGUAAAGUGGCGUCAGCGGCUGCACCUGCACUUUUGAGGGAAAAACCAGAAGCGCUCCGCUGCUUGGUCUCCCUUCAGGAGUGUUUACAGAUGGGCCGGCUGGUCUCCACCUCGUCCCACAACCAGCUCAUUGAGUACCGGGGACACGCACUGCGGCUUAAGGAGCACGGCUCCAGCCAGCUGUGUAAUCUGGACGAGUUCGAGAUAGAGCUGAGCGAGAUGUUCCCAAACAUUAUGGAUGUUUCCAUUUUGGAGCAGUGCAUGCAGGGCCGUCAUCAGAGGGAGAGUCCAGGCGUAAAAGCCAAUCUACAGCAAGUGUCCCGGUCCCUGCUGCGGGGGAUAACUAACCUCGUGGAGCUGGGUGAAGAAUGCGUAACAGAAGAGCAGAUGAGCCGCACCCACAACUGCAGCCAGUUUCAAGCCAUCCGAUGCAGAUACAGGAAGCUCCUGGGAGUCCUCGGGUCUCAGUUGGCUUUUGUGCAGCAUUUGUUCCAACGUGAGCCAGGAGCACUCGCGUGUCAAGAGGCUGAGCGUGUACAGCUGGAAGUCAGAGCCAAUGUUCUGCAGCAACAAGCUGUGCAACAGGAAGUGGCUUAUGAGAGGAGAAUUGAGGAGUGGACACGCUGGGAGGAUAAUUCUGGUCAACUUGGAGAGCUGUUAGAUGACCUUGAAGCCUUCAUCAGCAGCGGGGAACCAGAGGGAGACAACGGCAGUUCAGCACAGCACCGACAAGCCGCCUGCCAGCAAGCACUGGUUCGUCUGGAUGACAGCAGAGCUGCUUUAGGACUGCUCCUGGAUCAGCGGAAGGUGCUGCAGGCAGAUCCAGAGUUUGCUGCCAAAGUCGGUCAGGCAGGAGGCGCUCUGGAGCUGCGAUGGCUGAGCACCCGCAGACGGACGGAGCAAGAGAGUCGGCGCUGCAGAGAUAUCCAGGACAGCCAGGACAGAUUCCAGACUGACUUUUCCUCUGUCAGCGAAUGGCUGGCUGGCGCCGAAAAACACAGAAAGAGUUGGACAAACCUGGCCAACGCUUCGGACCUGAAGCAGGAAUGCAUCUGCGCCAAUCUGAUCAAACUGCUGGACUUCUCCAUGGAGAUUGAAGCAAUGUCAGUCCAGAGGGCGUCUGCAUCCAGGGAAGCCACUAAGCUGCUCCGCCUGAGGGAAGCUGAUUGUCCUGAACUAAGAGCUCAGCUCGCCCAGCUGGAGUGCAGCUGGACCCAGCUGACCUCUGACCUGUCCACGAUACAAGACUCCUUGCAGCAGCAGCUGCUGGCGGCGGCGGGGCCCCCAGUGGAGCUGCUGUCACACCUGGAGGCCUGGCGGAAGAAGCUGGAGGAUCGGCUGAGCCUGGAGAAAGGAACGCUUGUCAAGGCCGAAGAUGCUGCUCAGAUCACAGAACAUCUGCAACACUACCAGGAGCUAAAGGCGGGCGCGCUCAAUGCGCUGCUCCUCCUGGAUUUCCUGUGUCAGUCUGGUCCUCAGCCCGGGGGACCUGAUGUCCGGGCCCUUCGCUCAGAGCGCACAGUGUGUGCAGAGCAGCUCGGAGCCCUCAGACUCCAGUGGCUGCACCUUCAGGGAGAGCUGGAGUGCCAGUCUCGGGAAGCCGAACAGACGCAUUACACUUGUGCAGACAGAGAGAGGCGUUUGCAGCGUCUUCACAGCUGGAUUGAGCAGCAGAAGAAGCACUUGAAUCAAUGGAAACAGCCCAUCAGUCAAACUGCGGCUCGUGAGGCUAUGCUGGAGUUGGAGGCUGCUGUGAGCAAAGUGAAGGAGGGGUGUGCAGCUUUGCAGGAGUUGAAAUCCAUACGAGUUGCAAAUGAAGAGGAUCGCCCUUGUGACGUUUCGUUCUCUGGCUGGACUGAGAGUGUUUGUCGUGCUUACGUGGAACUUAGUCAACAGAUGGAAGUUCUUCAACCAGCUCUUCAACUCAAUGUGGGCGAGUGGAGUUGUUACGAGAGGGAUCUGAAGGAGGUUUCUAUUCACACCACCAGGGUGCACUGCGCUCUUCAACACCAACCUUUGUACUCACUGAAGCAGGCAGAAGGACACCAGGACCUCCUUCAGCAACUCCAGGACAAGGUCAGAGAAGGAGAAAGGCUUUGGGCGUCCGUGGACAAAUCCUAUCAGGGUCUAGUGAAGAACGUCCAUCCUGCAACAGCACAGGAGCUGGAUGAUCAAAUGAGGGCAGAGCGAAAACGGUGGGAGGAUGUAGUCCAGGAGUUAAAGAAUGAGCACAUGAGGAACGAAGAGACGAUUUGUCUCUGGCUGGGGUGCACUCAGCUGUCUGAUCGAUGCUCCCUGGACCUGCUGACACUGUGGCGUCAGUGGGAGGAGCUGUGGAGGUCUUCACCUCGGGAGACACAGGACAUGGUUCACUCAGUGGAGAAGUUGCAGAAUGCUGCUCAGGAUUUGCAAAGCAGUGCGGGAGAUGUGCUCGGGGCAUUCAAGCCUCUCAUCGAACGGCUCGAACCACUGGCCACAAAUGUUAUCAAAUCAGAGGCCAGACAGCUGUCACGUGACGUCCUGCUGCUUAUAGAGGCGAUGUCAGCAAAAAAAAAAAGUCUCCAGGAAGCUUUGGAGCAACAGGAGAUAUUUCGUACUCUACUGGAGGCCCUAGAAAAGCAGACGCAGAGGCCACAACAUCUGACCAGGUUCAACAACACAGACGAAAUAAAGCAGGCUCUCUCGGAGCUCAUUGAUCUGUUUCCAUCACUGGUUGACGUCAGGGAGAUGAGUUGUUAUGUGAUCCUCACCAACCACGAGACAGAGAGGCUGCACAUGCUCAGCAGGCAAUGGGUGGAAAGCAUGACUCACGCAUCUGACAUAAACAGAGAGCUGCAGGCCGAGCGUCAGUGUUCUCAGAACCUCCAGGAGAAGUGCAAGAGCCUGGCCGCCAUCCAGAAGAAGAUUGAGGAGGAAUCAAUGUCUAAAAAAUGUCAAAGUAUCUCAAGCCUCCGAGACAUGAUGACUGCUCACAAGAGGCUUGAAGCUGAAAUAAUAAUUGGAAAUCAGCUGGUGCAGGGUCUUCUCUGUCAUGCAGUGGAGUCCAUGGAAACCGAGGGAGGAGAGAAAAGCUCUGAGCUGAUGGCGCACGUGGACCGAGUGAGAGAGAGCUGGUUGGACUCGUUGGCCUUGGCCGGACAGCGCAGGUCCUCCACUAAAGAACAACUGGGCUACUGGAGAGUCUACCAACGUGGCUCGACGCUUCUGAGCCGGCUGUUGAGGGAAGGUGACCCUCUGCUGUCCUCUGCUGGACCCGCUGUGUUCGCCGCGCAUCAGCUCCCAAGCUGCACGGACGAUGACCAGCGCGUUAAAGACGCUCUGGGUCUGCACGCCAGCGUGUUCACCCGGACGCUGGGGGCCGGCAGACAUUUAUGCGAAACCAUGACCGAGUCAGAGUGUCAGAGCCAACUGCAGUCAGAGCUUCAGGCCCUGCAGGAUGCCUGGGAACGGACCACCUCACUGCUGGAGAGGAGGAGAGACGGGCUCAGCACAGCUGUCCAGAAGUGGACUGAGUGUCAGGACACGAUAUCCAGCAUCACGUCUGAGCUGGAGGAGCUGAAGAGUCGGCUGAAACAGCCGCUGCCUGAGGAGGAACUGCAGGACUUUAAGGGCGAGAAACAUGUUCAGGAGAUAGACCUCUUACUGAAGCAUUUCACCGGGGAAUUUAGAGAACUGGCCACUAUGAAGACGGAGAUGUCCCAGUACGUAGCGGCCGGUGACUCGGCUCUGCUGGAGCAGCAGCUGGAGCAACUCCACAGUCAAUGGGAAGAGCUGUGCUCGAAGGUAUCGUCGCGCAGACGAGAGAUUGCGGACCGUCUCAAUGCCUGGACCAUCUUCAGCGACAAGAACAAAGAGUUCUGUGCUUGGCUGACUCAGAUGGAGAACAAGGUGUGCCACAGCGGGGAGCUGAGCAUCGAGGAAAUGGUGGAGAAACUUAAGAAGGACUGCAUGGAGGAAAUCAACUUGUUCAGUGAGAAUAAAAGCCACCUGAAGCAGCUGGGUGAGCAGCUGUUGUUGGCCAGCGACGAGGCCAAGCGGACGCAGGUCAACGGCUCGCUGCAGGAGGUCAACCAGCGGUGGCACAACCUUUUCCACCAGAUUGAAGCCAGUCGUGCUCUGCAGCUGUCAGGAAUACAUGGCUUGCUACAUGGUGACCUGUUACGGCCCCCGACUCCUCCUCUCCGACAGAUGGACAGUCCCGUAAGAGCUGGAGAUACAGAGGUGAAGAAGCUGAAGGAGACUCUGGUAGCUGUGCAGCAGCUGGACAAGAACAUGAGCAAUCUCCGCUCGUGGCUUUCUCGCAUCGAGGCCGAACUGUCCAGACCCAUCACCUACAGCGUCUGUCACCUCCAGGAGAUCCAGAGGCGGCUGGAGGAGCAGCAGGUGCUGCAGAGGGACAUUGAGCAGCACACGGAAGGCGUAGCGUCGGUACUCAGUCUGUGCGACGUUCUGCUGCGGGACGGAGAGGCUGCUUGCGGCAUCGAGGUGGAGAGCGACUCGCUGCAAGAAACCAGCAACAGUCUGGACCAACGCUGGAGGGCCGUCUGUGCCAUAGCUCUGGACAGGAGGCUCAGGAUUGAGGAGACCUGGAGGCUCUGGUGCAAGUUCCUCGACGACUACUCGCGGUUCGAGGAUUGGCUGAAGAUGGCCGAGCGCACCGCGGCCAAUCCCAACUCUGCAGACGUCCUCUAUACGGUCGCCAAGGAGGAGCUCAAGAAGUUUGAGAAUUUCCAAAGGCAGGUACAUGAGCGGUUGACCCAGUUGGAACUAGUCAAUAACCAGUACCGCCGUCUGGCCAGAGAGAACCGCACUGACCGAGCCAGCCAGCUCAAGGCCAUGGUGCAUGAAGGCAACCGGCGCUGGGACGAGCUGCACCGCAGAGUGUCGGCCGUCCUGCGCAGACUCAAGUAUUUCACCGGCCAGAGGGAGGAGUUUGAAGGCACCAGGGAGAGCAUGCUGGUGUGGCUGACCGAGCUGGACCUGCAGCUCACCAACGUGGAACACUUUUCAGAGAGCGACGUCCAUCACAAGAUCCAACAGCUCAAUAGCUUCCAGAAGGAAAUCACCGUGAACACAGAGCGCAUUGAUGGGUUGAUAGUGUUUGGAGAGGGUCUGAUCCAGAAGAGCACACUGCAGGAUGCAGCGUUGAUAGAAGACGAGCUGGAGGAGCUGCACUCCUACUGCCAGGAGGUUUUCAGCAGACUGGUCCGCUUUCACCAACGUCUGAGUCAGCCCCCGAUGAUCAGAGAAGAACCGGCGCUCUCCGGUGCGGCCGUUUCCUUGGAGUCCAACUUGGAGCUGAUUUGCCGACCUUGGCUCAUGCGGAGCCACGGAAGCCUCCCGGCGACGCCCACCCGCCUGCUUGCUUCUCCGCUGGAACGCUCGGGGCGGGAGACGCCGGUGAGCGUGGACUCCCUGCCGUUGGAGUGGGACCACACGGGAGACGUAGGAGGGUCAUCGUCCCAUGAGGAUGAGGAGGAAGAGGAGGAGGAGGAAGAACAAGAGGAUGACAGAACCUACUUCAGUGCUCCAUCAGAGGUGGAGUUGACUGAGAGCCAGGAGGAAUUUGUUGAAUCUCCGGAGGCCGUACGAGCCUCCCCCCCGGUUUUAAGCACAUCUGUGGCUGAACACGAGCCUCCAAGAUGGCGAUGCCAGGGAGACACUGAAGCACAGCUGGACUCUGAUCGGCCCUCCGAGGCACCACAGGCCCUCACCAGCACCCCUCUGAAGCAGGGCUACUUGCUUCUCAUGUCUGACUGCAGCGGCAGCAUUGAGGACAUCAAAAGAGUCUCGCUUAUCCUGGAUGACGAGGAGCAGCCGGAGGACCUGGGUCUGACAGGACUGUGUGCCGCAGACAAACAGUCGGGUGUGAUUGAGCGCUGGGAGCUGCUCCAGGCUCAGUCCAGAAGCCCACAGGAGGCCUGUCAUCUGCCCUCUGCCCUCAGUGACAUCACUUCCUGGUUGGAAAAGGUGACCCCGGAGCUGAAGCGCCUGCAGCAGUUGGAACCGGCAGCCAGUAUUGAGGACAUGGCAUCCAGCGCCACAAAACUAAAGGAGAUGCAGAGGACAUUUACUCACUACAAGUCCAUCAUGCUCUCCGUCAACCUGCGCGCCCAGGAAGCUGCAGAACUAGAGGAGGGACUGGCCGGCAUGAACCGGGACUGGGGCAGAGCGUGUGCAGGCCUCCAGCAGUGGGAAAGCCGGCUGAGGGAAACGCUGACGCGCUGCAAGGAGUUCCAUGAACGGCUGCACUCCCUGCUGCUGUGGCUGGCCCACGCAGAGAGCCGACGCUAUGCAGCAGACAUCAGCGACCCGGCCACACCUGCCACAGACCUGCGGCAACAUCUCAGCACGCUCACCGAUCUGCAGAGAGAGCUGCGGGGCAGGCAGACUCAGCAGGCCUCCCUCCAGGCUCUGUGGAGUCAGCUGCAGCCUGAGGACGAGGCGGAGGAGGCCGGCGAGGCCGAGGAGAAGCUCCACGUGACCAGCAGCAAGCUCAAGUGGCUGCUGAGGGAGGUGGAGCAGGACCUCGGCGCUCUUCAGCGGCGUCUGGAUGGUGAUGCUGGAUCAAACAUUCAAGGCCAAAACACGUCUGCACAUCCAAAGAAAGGUUCCUGCACUCAAAGAGAGAAGAGAGACUCGCCUCCGCCUCGUUCCUUCUUCUACAGGGUCCUGCGAGCUGCCUUCCCCCUGCACCUCCUCCUCGUGUUUCUCCUGCUCCUCCCGUGUCUCAUUCCCGUGUCAGAGAGCGAAGCCGGCUGCACCGGGGCCAACAACUUCGCCCGGUCCUUCUACCCCAUGUUACGCUACACCAACGGCCCACCGCCCACCUGAUGGGAAGAAGUUGUAAGAGUGACAACAUCCUGUAAUGAAAAAAAGAAACAAAGCACCUGAAGUGAAGUGAUUGAAGUCAUUACGGGGUCCCUGAACAGAUUGUAUUCAUUUCACAUUCAAAAUCAACCAUUUCAAUCCGGAGAACCUCCACAUUUUUUGAUCUCCCUAUAGUUACACAGUAGAUGGGGGGAAAGGCAGGAGACAUACUCUUGCAAUAGCAGGUACAAUAGUUUAAAUACCCUUCUGCUGCUUCAGAAGCCAGCAAACAUAUUGCAGUGUGUUCAUUGGAAAAUAAGAAUAGAGAUGAAAAAAAAAUCUAAUUCUAAGACAACAAAAACUGUCACAUGUUUUUGUCCAACUGGAUGCUUCAAAAAACAAAUAUGCAUACUCUAUUGGUAUGUUAAACUGAGCUGUUAAAAUGUUUUUUUUUUACAUCAAAGAUACUUUAAGAUCUGUAAGCAAGGUUUGUAAUGUUAUUUUUUAUGAAGCUAAUCGUUCAAACAUUUUAUACACGCAAAGUAUCAACUUAUUGUUUUAGAUUCAAUUUGUUUUGAAUUGAUUGUGUGUUGACAUGUAAAUGUCCCCCACUGCACUGUUGUAACACUGGAUUUAGCAGAACAAAGUGUUAAAAUUGUAUUAAUAUGAUGCUUAUUUAUAACAUGAAAUUGCUCCUAAUUGUUUGGUAGUUUAAAAUUGAGCUUGAUUGAUGAACAAAUAAAUAUGUAAAUAUGCACUUUACUGAGGGAUGCAUUGUAUGCUUUGGACAUCCGAGA